UGCUGCGAUGCGUAUAAAAUACAACUCCAUAGCAAAUGAAAGUCAAAUUACGUUUAAAAAAUAAAACUGGUAAUAUAGCAAAUAAAAAAUAAACACAUGUACACAUGCCGCUGACUGUAGACAAAAUUAAAACUAAAACUUCAAUAAAACGGGCGGUGCGCAUUCAGAAUGAGUCAUUACGUAAAUUGAAUUAUAUUUUGUACCUACAAUUGCUUCGAACAAUUACAACAAAGGUCACCAUCAUAUUAAACCAAUUUUACCUUCAAAGUUGCACGCAUUAUACAUUUACAUAAGAAUUUUUGUGUGGAUUGUUUACCUGAUGUCUUAUGCUUUAAUUAAAAUACUUAUUACUUAUUAGGAAGAUGAGUAUGCUGCUAUGUUUGAUAGUUUUGGUGGCAGUUUGCAGUGCGUUUAAUGGAGAAUUAGCUGAACUGGAGUGUCCAGACGAUUGCGAAUGUCAUUAUUUUAGAGUAAACUGGGUUACAGAUUGCUCAGAAAGCAAUUUAACUGAAAUACCUUAUAAUGAACUCAGUCCAAACGUUUAUGUUUUGGAUAUGAAUUCUAAUUUAAUAAAAGAGCUGAAACGGUUUCCCUCUGAAAUAAAAUUAAGACGCUUGCAAUUAGCCGACAACCUUCUUACUAAAAUAACUAAAGAUCCAUUCAUAGGCUUGAAUUACUUAAUCGAUUUGGAUCUGUCUCACAAUCAGAUUAAAACUAUAGAUCCAGAUACUUUUGAGGAGAUGAGAGGACUUUUAACGCUGGAAUUGCAAGAGAAUCCUCUAGAUCCUGUAGAUGGCCCCUUUUUAUCCAGCAAGUCGUUAACUUAUUUGGAUAUUAGCAGUUGUCACAUAAAAUAUUUAAAUCCGCACUUUUUUAUUAAUUUAACAGCACUUAGUACCAUAGAUUUGUCUAAUAAUCCAUUGAAAGCAAUAGAUAAUGAAGCUUUUGCUCCAUUGACUGGUUUAAAUUCGUUGAAUUUAAAUAAUUGUAAUCUCACAUUUAUAUCUCCUAAUGCUUUCAUGGCACAGGAAAAUUUGAAGAAAUUGGAACUCGGAGGGAAUAUGCUCGUAAAAUUCGAUUUCCUAGCAGUUUUCAAAAAUUUGAUUAGAUUAGAGUACCUGGACUUAAGAAAUUCUCAUGUUACAGAUUUACCUCCGAAUACAUUUGAAUAUAAUACAUAUUUAAGAACUCUAAUUUUGGCGGAGAAUGACUUAGGAUAUUUGGACGUUUCUGUUACAAUAGGAAAGCAUCUACACGAACUGGAUACACUUGAUUUGUCGUUUUGCAAUUUGCAAAAUUUGCUUUCUGAAGAUGCGUUUUCCAAUUCAACAAAAGUUCGUGUUCUGAAUUUAUCUGGAAAUUCAUUGUUCGCUUCUGAUCUCCUAGUUGCCUUAGCACCCCUUACUAAUUUAAAGAAAUUAUCAUUAAGUAAUUGUGGUUUAAGUAAACUUCCUGAUACUUUUGAGAAAUUUAAGGGUCUUCAAGAACUUGAUAUAUCGCACAACCCGUUAAACGACGUUUUCAUUAAAUUGCUUUCUCCAUUGGAGGCGCUGGAAUAUCUUAACAUGGGCUACAGUAAUUUGUCGUACAUAUCUCCUACGACAUUUUCAAAAAUGACUUCCAUGAAAAGACUAGUUCUUUCUGGAAAUGAUCUUAAUUCGUUAGAAGCGGGCUUGUUUGGCGGAUUAACUCAAUUAGAGAGCCUUGAAUUAAAUAAUUGCGGUCUCAGAAGACCUCUUAAUGCUACGUUGUUCUUUAAUAAUUUAACGUACACAGGAUUAAAGGAGCUGCAAUUGGCAGGAAAUCCUCUACAAGUGGCUAAACACGGCCCACUACUUCCAAAACAGUUUUCUGAAUUACUCAGUCUAGAUUUGAGCUAUUGUAAUUUAUCAUUUCUUCCCCCAGAGGCCUUUUUCUGGACUAGAAAUUUAACACAUUUAAUUCUAGCCGGUAAUCGGUUCAGUUCAACGGAAGGUCUUGCUUUUCUCGAACUUCUCCCCAAACUAGAAGUGCUGGAUUUGAGAUUUAACAAUCUUUCCCGAUUUUCUCCAAAAGAUAUAGCAGUUAAUUCUAAUAUUCAAAAGUUAAAACUUAUCGGAAAUCCUUGGAUUUGCGAUUGUUCAGUAGCAGACCUUUGGGAUUGGGCAAAUCUUGAAAAAAGUAACUUAGGUGUAUUAGAGGGAUCUAUGUUGAAUAUGGAAGAUGUCACGGUAGGAAAAACCAAGAAGAAGAAGUUACUACUUUGCAGUUACGAUUCUAAAGUGCCCAUGCCAAUAAUCGUUAAUAAAACAGCAACCGGAAGACGGCCAUUCCAAAAUCAUCGUCUCUUGGUAUCUACUAAUAGAACGUGGGCAAAAUAUGUUCGAGAAUCUGGUUGCGAUCAAAAAAUUAGUCCCGUAAGAGUGCCGAGAUCCAUAAAAUAUGUUAUUGAUGAUAAAAUUGUUUUAAAAACUGAAACUGGCCCAAACACAUGGAUAUAUCCUGCUUUAUAUGCGUUAUCGGCUUAUGUUGCAAUUAUGGCAGUUGUUGCAGUUAUUUACCUUUUAAAUUACAAGAAAAAAGGUUUUCACUACCGAGAUCAAACACAUAAAGACAGUUAGGCUUGCAGCUUCUGCUAAUCUAUCCAUUGUCCAACAGUAAAUUAUUAAAAG